GCCCCCGGGGAGGGGCCGGGCGGGCGCCGCUCCCGCCCCGCAGAGUCCCAGAGGCGGGAGAGGCGCGGCGGGGCUGCGCCAUCCGCGACACUCGCCGCGUCCCGCCGGGAUGGAGAUGCUGCUCCCACGCGCGGCGGCCCCGACGAGCUUCGCCGACGACGUGCUGAGGGUAUUCGGGGCCAACCACAGCCUGUCGGCCGCGCAGCUCUCGGCGCUGCUGCACCAGCUGGGCGCCGCGCCCGCCCUGAGCUCCGCGCUGCCGCUCCACCACCUGCACCACAACCAGUGCUUGACUGGUGAAGAAAUUUUUUCUUUGCAUGGGAUACCAAACAACAGUCACAUAUCAAAUUCCAACUUCUCUACGAUAUGUCCUGCUGUUUUGCAACAGCUAAUUUUUCACCCAUGUGAUCAUCAGGAAAACUUUGAGGAUACGUCUAAACCACAUUCUUUACAAGUUUGGGGAUUUGGGUUCCUGGCUGUGACUAUCAUUAACUUGGCAUCGCUUCUGGGAUUGAUUUUAACUCCUCUCUUAAAGAAGUCAUAUUUCCCCAAGGUUUUAACUUACUUUGUGGGCUUGGCCAUUGGUACUCUCUUUUCUAAUGCAAUUUUCCAGCUCAUUCCAGAGGCGUUUGGGUUUGACCCGAAAGUAGAUAACUAUGUUGAGAAGGCAGUUGCUGUGUUUGGUGGAUUCUAUAUUCUCUUUUUUGUGGAAAGGAUUCUUAAAGUGAUAUUAAAGAUCUAUCACCAGACUGGCCAUAACUACUUCGAAAAUGGUGAAGAGAAUCGUUCUCAGGAUAAGACUAACCCACCCAAACCACUGUCAUCCAGCAAUGGGGGGGCGUGUUACGCAAAUUCAGCCGUCAUAGAGAGCAAUGGAAAUCUUGGUUUUGACAGCAUCAGUGUGGUCUCAGCACAGGAAGAAGCCACCCAAAGCAGCUUAUGCAAGUGUCUUAAUGGGCGCCCACUGUCAAAGAUUGGGACCAUUGCUUGGAUGGUAACACUGAGUGACGCCGUACAUAAUUUCAUAGAUGGUUUGGCUAUUGGUGCUUCUUUCACUCUGUCUCUGCUUCAAGGGCUUAGUACCUCCAUAGCCAUCCUGUGUGAAGAGUUUCCUCAUGAAUUAGGGGAUUUUGUCAUCUUGCUUAAUGCAGGAAUGAGUACUCGACAGGCUCUGUUUUUCAAUUUUCUGUCUGCAUGUUCUUGUUACAUUGGAUUGGCUUUUGGUAUAUUAGUAGGCAACAACUUUGCUCCUAACAUCAUCUUUGCUGUAGCUGGUGGAAUGUUUCUGUACAUCUCUCUGGCAGAUAUGUUCCCAGAGAUGAAUGAUAUGCUGCGGGAGAAAGUGACAGGAAGAAAGAUGGAUCUUACAUUCUUCCUUAUUCAGAAUGCUGGUUUGCUAACGGGGUUUACUGCUAUACUGAUGAUCACCUUGUAUGCAGGAAAUAUUGAGCUGUGAUAAUGCAAGUGAAAAUGGAAUCAUUACUGAAGACAUGAAGUAAAUUGCAAAUGGAAGACACUUGAAAUCCAUAAAGGGACAUUCAUUAGUGACAAGUCCCAUCCUAUUCCUCUUGCCCCUUCUUUAGGACUUGCAGUCAAUCCAAAUAGCAGGAGCUGUCAACUUCCGUACAAUGCCAAAAAAAAUGCUAGUAUUUUUAUUUCUACUUAAAAUUAUCAGACAUAUCUGAACUGUCACAGAGAAAGGAUGUUACUUGGCCAGUAGAAUUAUGCAAUACAUGCAACUCAGGACCAACUGAAAGCUGAGGUGUAUAAGGAAGAUGUGUAUUUAAAAGAAAAUAAUAGAGUUUCAUAUCCUUUUUUAACUGUGAUGAAGGCAAGCAUUUUCAAUUUUCAUGACUUUAGUGCAGAAUUUGUCUGUGUAACAUCCCCUUUCCCCAUCCAAAAAAAAAAAAAUCAAAUUAUUUCAGAGUAGGUACUAAUGAA